CUCCACCCUGAGCACUUGGCCAGUGCCCUCCCGGACCAGCCUGCAGAUCACAGCAAAGCCCUGGACAGUACCGAACCAGGAUGGUGAUGCUGCUGCUUCUCUCUGUCCUCGUGGGCCUCUCCAGUGUGGCUGAUGGCCAAGGGGUCCACCUGGGGUGGUGUCCUCAGCCCCCUGUCCAGGAGAACUUUAAUACGCAUAAGUAUCUCGGAAGGUGGUACGAGAUUGAAAAGAUCGCAGUCAGUUUUGAGAAGGGAAGCUGUAUCCAGGCCAAUUAUUCCUUGAAAGAAAACGGGAAGAUCAAAGUGCUCAAUCAGGAGAUUCGACCAGAUGGGAGUGUGAACCAAGUGGAAGGGGAGGCCACCCAGGCCAACCUCACAGAGCCCGCCAAAUUGGGAGUCAAGUUCUUCUGGUUGAUGCCCACUGCUCCCUACUGGGUCCUGGCCACGGAUUAUGAGAACUAUGCCCUCGUGUAUUCCUGCACCACUUUCAUCUGGCUCUUCCAUGUGGACUAUGCCUGGAUUCUGGCAAGGCGCCCAUACCUCCCACAGGCUGUGGUGGACCAGCUGAAGGGCAUCCUCACUGCCAAUGGGAUCGAUAUUGAGAAGAUGGUGCCCACUGACCACAUGAACUGUCCUGAGUUCCUCUAGCAGAAAGCCUUCCAGGCACAGCCCACACCCUGCCUCUUGCUUUACUCCUUGUAGAGAAAACAGCAUCAUGGAAGAUAGUGCCUGGAUCCCCACUGGCUGCCAAGGCAGGCCCUUUGUGGGGAGACGAAGAUCCCAUGGGGAGGGGGCGGGGGAGGAGAGCUUCAGGACAGAUGGCCCAGGAACCUGGCUCCCCUUCACCACUAACCUCCCCCAGCACACAGGCGUCAAAUCAGCUCCAAGCACAGGCAAGACCCUGGCCUCCUUGAAGAAGAGGCCCAGGCCUGCCUUGUGAUGGCUCAGCAAGGCUUCACAAUAAAAUAUCCAGGUUCAGCUUAA